AUGAAACGGAAGACGUCUAAUUCCAACGUGAAGUUGAAGCUUCUUAUCGACAAGAAAUCCAAGAAAGUCCUAUUUGCUGAAGCAAACAAAGAUUUCGUAGAUUUUCUUUUCAGCCUAAUGUCAUUACCAUUAGGAAAUGUUAUCAAACUGUUAACCAAGAAAAAAAUGGUGGGUUGCUUAGCAAAUCUUUACGGCAGCAUUGAAACCCUAAACGACACUUUCCUUCAAGCACCCGAUAUUAAAGAAUCCAUUUUGAAUCCAAGAUCUCCAUCUCACGCUAUUCAAACACCACUCUUGCUAACCAACACUGAUCACUUCUCCGCCAGCCAAAGUGUGUAUUUUUGCCCUCAUGGUUGCAGGUACCGAGCGGCUUUAGACCCAGAAGCGCUUUGUCCCACUUGCAACCGCAAAAUGUCUACUGGGGGAAACUUCGUUGCUCCCACUCCCGAUGGUGCAGAGCUAGUGGUUUCCGGUGCCGGAGGAGGUGGAUUUGUGAAAGAUGUGGUUACGUACAUGGUGAUGGAUGAUCUCGAAGUAAAACCUAUGUCUACGAUUUCUAGUAUUACUUUGAUCAACACUUUUGAUAUCCGGGAUUUGCGUUCUCUUCAAGAGAAAGUGGUUGAUAUUGGAUUAGAUGAGGGUUUGAAGCUGCUUCAGGUGUCUUUGCAGGCCAAGAAUGUUUUGACAAGUGUUUUUCUCAAGGCAUGA